CCUGUUCCUUUCUGCAUUUCGCUAAACAAAAAGAUGUUUCCCUCAGGUUCUCGAACUUGUUGCGUUAUUACUGGGGCUAGUCGUGGUUUCGGAAGGUCUGUAGCAAUCGCCCUGGCGCGAGAGUUUUCUGAUGCAGGGAUCGAGGGUCAUUUUGUUCUACUGGCGCGUUGUGAAGAAGGUCUCCAAGAGACGAGAAACAAAAUCAUUGAGACAUACUCUUGUGCCCAAAGUAAGUAUUAAACUUACUCAUUCCAGGUGACCAUCUGUACUCAUUCUGUAGGUGUUUUUAAACAAUUUGAUCACUACGUAUGCAACAAUGUUGCAAAUAUACAGAUUCAUCACUGAUAAGCAAAGAAUGACAUCAUCUGUUUAUUGCAGUUCACAUUAUUGCUACCAACCUGGGGGAAAUAGACACACUGGGUAAAACAAUAGAAAAUGCAUUUAGUAAGGUAAGUUAGACUUCAAUAAUUAUUAAAAUGACAUUGUUGUUCUAUUAAUAUUAUAAAUCAUUAUUUACAUUAUCUAGUAGUCAAAUUAUUUCAAGCAUAUAUCCCUAUAAUUUCUAAGUUUUCACAUAUCUUCACCAAAAUUCAAACCAAGAAACUAUCAAUUCGUCCGAGUUUCUACUUUCAUGAGGUAUUACAGCACCUAAACAACUUUAUUUACACAAAUUUCCUGAGUUCGAAAGGGUUCUCUGUUUUGUGAAAGAGGACAAUUGAAUUUCCAGGCUUUUGUGUGACACAGUAUUUAGCUGGCAGCUGGGAAAGCUCCUGUGUUAAAAAACAUUACUGUUGUUUUUUGAGAUUUUGCUAUCUAAACAUUCCUUGUCUUAGAAUAGAUAUUACUUGAAUCUUUAUGAGGCAAGGAAUUCACGCAUAAGUGGGAAAAUCCAAGAACAGAUGUUUCUGUUGGUUUCUGGUGGCCUUAUUUGUGCCCCUCAAUGGAGUCAAUGGCGGGGCUCGAAAUAAUGGCCGGUGAACGGACAAUGUCCAGCCUGAUUGGGAAGUUGACCGGUCAACCUUUCAUCUUGCUGGUCAUGUUGACUGGUCACAUUCAAUCGUAUUGAAAAUAAAAUGCAUUGAUUAAUUUCCAUGCUGUUCAGUUGUUUCAGUUGUUGUCUGUAUGUAGCGAGUUGCUGUGUAUUGCAAGACUUUUAUCUGAAUCCUGGGUGAAAUGCAACUAGAAACUUUGUUUACAAUUCGCGCAUUGAAACAGGCAUCCGGGUUCCUGCACUUCUAGUCACAAAAUUAAGAAUAUUUUCACUUUUAUUAGUUAUGCAACAACUUUUUUCAGGACUUCUGAUAGGUUGCGGAAAAAAAAUUUCACGGGAUUUUCAGGGACAGAUUCGUGGAAAAAUCGGCUGAUUUCGAGGGAAGUUGCAGAAGUUUUUGGGGUUAACUUCACCGAUAAACAACAACUCAAAAUCUUAAAUGUCGAUAAAACAACUUCCAAAUGGCUCUAGAAGCAAAGAAACUGUAAAUAACAAAACAAAAGCACAAGGUGAGUCAUCUUCAUUUCUAUUUUUGUCCAAAAAUGGAAUUUAGGACGUAUUUUGUUUAUUUUCAUACAUUCUCUUAUAAAUUCAAAGUCUAAGAAACUCCCACAGAGCCUGGGCUGCCUGUGGUUUCAUCAGUUGAGUUGAUAAGUUAAAUUGGCUACCUUAGGAAGAGAGACACAUUUGAGUGCAUGCCCUUUGUCAGAGCAAAAUUGAUCAUCUCUGCCAAGGGCCAGUAGUUGAACACAUCUGCUUCUUUAUCAGUCCUUACAGUGGCCAAUCUAUCAACUUAGUUGAUAAAACCAAUUAUCUCAGUUUUCAUUAUUUGGUCAAAUAAAAAAUAAAAUAUUAUCAAUGUCUUUUUUUUGCCCAAAAUGUUAUUGAAUGAAAUAAAUUUUCACAAGGUCUAUUUUUCUUCAGGUUGAGCCAUCAAACAUCAGCCAUGCUUUACUUGUCAAUAAUGCAGGAUCUCUAGGGGAUGUCUCAAAACGUAUCAAAGAUGAAUCCCAAAGUGCUGAAGCCCUUCAAGGUUACUUCAACCUUAAUCUUACCUCUCCCAUGUUUUUCAUGUAAGAAUCAUUAUUGUUUAAUCAGUUUAGCUUUCAAUACAUGUACAUGCACACUCUAAGGCGUUGUAAGGGUGGGCACUGGAAUAUAAUCCCUGGGGGAUAUCUGCUUGAUCUGCGAGACACUGACAAAUCACGAUAUUUGGGAUUAUCGAGUUCAAUAAUUGUUUUACUAUUUGGUCACUGAGUUCAUUUUUUAAUGAAUAUCUGUCAUUUUGCCAUCUUUAUGCAAAAGUGAUCGCAAGAAGGAGAAAAGCAUGGUUUCGUUUAUGCAUGAGCAGAUUAUUAUUUGCAGGCAAACACAAUUAGAUGACAUUGUGCAUGAUUGCAGGUCACGUGGUGGACUCUCUGCCAAUGAAAAGGAGGAAAAAUUUGCAUUUGAAUGAUAAUUAUGUCAUUUACUUAUUUUCAGAUCAAAGUUUCUACAAAGGUUCAAGGAUUCAACCUGCACAGUUAUCAAUGUUUCAUCUCUUAUGGCAGUGGAGUCUUAUGCUUACUUUUCUCUAUAUUGCACGGGUAAAGCAGCUCGGGAUAUGAUGUGCCAAGUGUUGGCCAAAGAAGAGGUAAACUGCUAGACUGCAAGUGGUCAUCAUUCUUUCCCCAGAGCCUUGCACAGCAGCCGAAAAAGUAAAAUAAUGCAAAUUAAAGGUAAAAAGGAGGAGUAACUUUGGUGGAGAAAAUAAGAGACUGCUCACUUAUGCAGUAGUAUUAACUGUAAAUAUUGUGAUGCUUUUGUAACCGUGAAUGUUUCAAAAACAUGAAAUUCAAAGGCAAGCAAGAAAACAUUUUUGUUUAAUUUCCCCCUUUAUAUUGCUUUCAAAAAUAACCCCCCCCCCUCCAAAAAAAGGCUUAACUCUUUAAGCCACGAUGUCUGCAUGCAUGCAAAUUCUCCAGACUGAUCUCCAUACAUUUCCUUAAAGGAUUAGUUGAGAGAAUUUGAUAGAUGAUCACAGCAGUUUCCCCCAGGUGAUCAUUUUACUACUUCUUGUAACCUUUUCUUUUGAUGUUUGAGCAUUUAUAUUCUUAGAGGAAAAAUGAUGUUGAUAACUUUUGGGACUUACCACUAUAAAACAGAAGUUAUGGUAACUGUGAGAAAAUUCUAUGAGUGGCAAAUCUUGUAUUAAUUACCAACUCUUAGCCUGUGAGCAAGCUCUCAGGGGCACUCUGGUGGCAGGGUAGGAAAAGGAAGGAGAGCUUGCAACUACAUCUCUGGAAUUUGAAUUCCACCUCCAAUUCCCAUGUAGGUCAAAUUCCAGAGAAGUAGUUGCAAGCUCUCCUUCCAAUUCUCGCCCCACAACCAGAGCACCCCGGAGAGCUUGCUCGAAGGCUUACCAACUCCAUCCUUGGUCAACUUUCAGCACCUACAUUGCUUAACAACGGAAUAAAAAGGAACUAAUAUUUCUGACUUAUUUUCCUGCCUUUCAGCCUAAUGUGCGGGUAUUGAACUAUGCUCCAGGCCCACUGAGUACAGAUAUGUACGAUGAGAUAUGCAGGACGUGCGGUGAUGAAAAAAUUGCUCAAAUGUUCAAUGCUAGCAAGGAGGAAGUAAGUGCUACUACCAGAAUCCUGGAAAUUUUUGCUUGUGGAAUUCGGAAUCUUGGACGCAAGAGUCCAGAAUACCGCUCAAGGAAUCUGGUAUCCAAGGUCCACUGACAUGACAUUGAUAAAUCCUGUUACUACACACUUGAAUACUCAGUGAUGUGUUAUAUUGAAGGUCCCCAAUAGGGUUCUUCAAUACCGUGAUCGCUAGCCAAAAUUUCUUACAAUCCCGUAAUUCCAAUAGUCUGCUACACAGCCGUUCUUAGUGUCGUCACGCAACGCUCCUCCCCACUAACAGCCAUUAGUGGGGAGGAGCGUUGCGUGACGACACUAAAAACGGCUGUGUAACAGACUAGUAAUUCCAAGGGUUAUUUCGGGUACUCUAACUCAUACGCAUACUUUCAAUCCCGAAUCUUGCCCGAUUUUGCUUAAAAAUCCUGAAUCCCAAGCUUCAAAUAAGGAAAAUCCUGGAUCCUGAAAAACGUAUGGAGACCCUCUAUAUUGUUAGACCACGAGUAGUCCCCAUUUUUCCUCAGGGAUAGUAGAGCGAGCGAAACGUGAGCACGUGUGAAAAUCACCUCACGUGCCCGCCGCGUCUCGCCUUUCUUGUGUGGGGUGAUUUUUGUGCGCACUCACGUUUCACUCGCUCUACUAUCCCUGAGAAAAAAUGGGGACUACUCAUAGUCUACUGUAUUGUCGUCCUUUUGCAUCAGAAGAGGUUUUUUGAGCGAUUUGGAAGGAUUUUGAGUUCGCCAUUGACUGGUCCUCUUAAACAUUGAACCAUAUCAUUAGCGAUAUAUCACUAUAGAUGAAGCAAAUGGUCAAUCAAAUACAUUUACUACAAAAUUACCAGCGGUUACAAAAGCAGAUUGUGGGCACCCUGUGCUCACACUCGAUGUGGUAUUUAAGUCUAGAUUCCCCUAACAACUGAAAUACCAUUUUGACUUCUGUUUUAAAAUCAAUUAAACGAUCAUCAAUCAAUCAAAUUGCCCUUUUACAGAACCUCUCUCUCUCUACAAAGUAUAAACUGAGUCAUGGUCUGUCUCUUGUCUCUGUGUUUUAAGGCAGCUUUUCUUGGCUGUAGCACUAACUCUAACUUUUGUUAUUCUUUCAGAAUAAAAUUCUCUCCGCAGACGAAUCGGCGAGAAAAUUGAUGAGCAUAUUAAAAGAAGAUACGUUUUCGUCUGGAUCACAUGUUGAUUACUUUGAUUAG